AUGUCUCAAGUCACGAAUACUACCACUGGUAUCAGUAAUAAUAAUAACAGUAAUAACACACCAUGGAACAGAACUCCCGGUAAACCUGGUAUUGGCACUGGUGGUACUGUUAAUUCUUAUCCAACAUUUUCAACGCCUUCAAAUAUUCCAUGGUCUACAACUAGAAAUGAUGCUGUAGAUUUAAUACAAGGACGUGGUCAAAUUGAAGGUGGUGGCGUUGGUCAGAUGUGGCCUCUUCCUGCAAUUUUCGACUCAAGCCGAAAUUCUGAUCGUAAUGCUGUUGGUGGUGGAGUAGGCGAGGUAGGCGGAGAAUUUUUACCUCAGGAAUCAACUACAACUGAUAACCAGUGGGCAACCACACCUUUUUCAGGUCAAACAACUUCAAAUGUCAGCUCUCUAUUAGGUUCGCCUAAUACAUUUCCUAUCAGUAAUAAUCAUAUACAAGUUCUUAAUCCAUGGUCUUUCGAUAAUCCAAAUAAUAACUGUUCUAUUACUGCGCCUCGAGCAAUUACUGGUCAACAAUUAAAUAAUGUAACCUUAGCAAACACACCGUCGGACACAUUGAAUUCAGAUCGUUCUCGUCGUUAUAUGCAGCAUUGGACAACAUUGAAUAAUGAACAAGAUUUGUUAAAUGACGAUCGAUCUGGAUUGGCUUUUCCUUUAUCAAGUAUAAACAUUAAUAAUAAUAGUAAUAAUUCCGUCAGUGGAUUCGGCAAUCCUUCUGAUUUUAUUGAAAAUCAGUCACUUUCUUCUAACAUAAACAAUAAUGCACGAGGUAGUAACAAGCUAUCAGAAUUUGAUAUUGGACAAACUAGUUUAAAAAAGUCUAGUUCCGAUAUCGACUCUUCGGUAUGUGAUGCCGAGGAAGCUAUUCGCACUGCGGUUAAUACUACUGAACCAUGGGGUAUUCAUCCAGUUGAUCAAAGCACACCAUGGAAUUGUUCUGAAGCAAAUGGUGACUGCUUGCCAAUACAUUCCUCUGGACCGAUUACAGGAUCUCCACCUGUGAGUGAAACUUCUGCUGCAUCACGAAUUUCAGGUCAUAAUCAAUCUAGUGGAGUGUCAACUAUCCAGCCGACAGGUUCUCAGUCAUCUUUACAUUCCAGGCGUCUUAGCUCCACAGCUUCUUCAUUUAACAGAGAUCUGGAAUCAAAUGUUUGGCCAAGCGAACCUCCAAACGGUACUGGGAUUUGGGAGUCCCAUUACGAGAGUCUUGGUGAGAGAACUGCCCGAUGGCAUCAAAAUAGUGGUAAUUCUACACAAACAUCUCAGGCUCCAUUUUUAUCACAACUUAUCAACCCUCCUAACUUCACCUCUAAUCAAAUUUCACAUCCCACUAUUAGAUCUCGACCUCAACAAGGUCAACUGCCACCAAGUACUGAAAGUUUUCGUGGAAUCAAUCGUGCAGUUCCAGGGACUAUAUUUCCUGUAGGACAACCACCUUCAAAUUCAAGUGUUAUGAAUUUGGGAACAAGACCGAUUUUCGGUGGAAAUCAUCCAAUAGGACCUGUUAAUAGUAAUAUAGCGGGAACCGGUAGUGGUGGUGCUUCAUCUAGAAGCUUCCCAAUAGCUAAUCCGGUGAAUCUUGGUUCAGGAGUUUCUUGGCCCUAUACCUCGGGAACACAACCAGUUGACCCUUCUGUUCCUGGGAUUAAUUUUGGUAAUAAGUCUCGGUGGCCCGGACAAAAUAUGAACCGUUUACCUGGUAAGCAACAACAUCCAACACCCCAUGUUUUGCCUAAUAUGACUUCUACUGGUAUGAGAUGGCCUCCUGGUGCAACAACUACACAUAUGCAAGGCAUAUGGCCACAUACAGACCAACGACGCCCAGGUACUGUUCCAGGACCUUGGUCAACUAAUGCAUCUGGGAUGGAUAGUAGUAGUGCUGGAGGAUUUUUCAAUCAACCUACUCAAAGCAUAGCUCCUCGAGUUUCGCAACAGAUUGGUACCUCAGAGUUUCCUUCGUCAUUAACUCCUGCUAGGGGUGUAAACCAGUCAUUUAGAACGCCUCAAAGUGCCUUCUAUCCACCCAUAACUCCCGGUUUUUCGUCAACACCUAUGUCACAACGUAUGUUUAUGAGUCCACAACAGCAUUCACAUCAAUUACAACAACAGAGUAUGAUUCGUGCACAUGUGAUGCGUCAACUUUUUAACUUGGGUUUUACUGAAGAUGAAAUACAACCUAUAUUCGCUGAUACAAAUACAAAUGUGGAACGAGCAUUGAUUGAUUUACGUGAUCGAUCAGGCCAUCCAGGCAUUGAUGAAUUAAUCAAUGCACUGAGACCAAUCACGUCCAAUUUAUUGCCUACACCUAAUUCAAAUGAUGUUAGACAACAGUCAGAUUUUCCUGGACAAAGUACAAAUCCCAAUCGUUCUAUGAAUGCAAUGAGAGGAAAUGAGAUGAUGAAAUCCAAUAUACCAGUUAGUAAUAAUAAUAAUAAUCAACCUACAGAAAAUUUAGAAUUAUCAUUACAAUUAUUGCAACAACGUGAAACACAAAUACUUCAAACCAUUGUACAAUUACAUUCAAAACAUCAAGAUUUAAAUCAAAAACUCUCACAUAUACGUUCAGCAACUAAUGUUCCAUUUGCUACAAAUCCUGUUAUACAUGAACUACAGUUACAAGCAUUUCAAGUUGGUCAACAAAUCGAUGCUCAACAGGCUCAAUUAAAACAUGUACGUAGUCAAGCUGGUAUGCUACGACAGAUUACUAUGUCCUCAUCGAAUUUAUCUAAUCCAUCUCAAAAUUUAAACACUACUAAUAUUACCACUGUUACACCAUCAUCGUUAUUGACAAGUAGUGGUGUGAUUGUUGGCGGUGGUACUAUUGGUCAAACGGUUACUAAUGUACAACACAUAAUUCCUAAUUGUUUAACAGGGACAACUAAUCCAGUUAAUUGUAGUGGAUUUAAUUUAUUGACUACCAAUAAUAGUUCAUCAGUGUCGUCCACCUCUGCAUUAUCAUCAUCAUGGUGUCCUAUUUCAACACAAAGUGGCAGUAUGAUUAGUGGUUGUAGCAAAACAAAUCAACCAUUAAAUAUUUCUGUAGUCGGUAAUAAUAGUAAUGGUUCGGAAAAUAUUGAUUUUCUACAGGAUCAAUCAAAUUUUAAUAUGAAUUCUUUAUUAUGGGAAUCUAGUCCUUGGUCAGGUUCUAGUCCACAAUUACACGAAAAUUUUUCAAAUAGUCGUAAUUCAUUAGCAACUGACAGGCGUUGGACACCCUCUGGUAGUAGUAGUGGUGGUGGCAAUGGCGGAGUUGUUGGUGGCGUCAGUGGCAAUAGUAGCAGUAGACUGCCACCACCAUUUAUAUCAUCUCAACUCUCAUCACUUGGUGAUCCUAGAUGGUCAGAUAUGAUGAAUGAUGUCACUAGUUCAAUGAAUGACACAAGACGACAAUCGUUUGGUGCUGGUGUUAGUGAAAUUGACGAAAUGCAUAACAGUGGAAUAGAUUAUCAUCCUAUGAUUCCCAUUUCUAUAUCGAGUAAAUCAUGGCUUCUAGCGCAUAACAUUCCACCGCAUAUAUCAGUCGGAAUGUUAAAAAUGACUGUGUCCUCAGCAUUAAACAAUCAUAUCCUUCGAUCUGUGGAAUCCAGUGAUAGAAAUUCUUCUAAUAGCACUUCUAUUGGUAGUAAUGGUAAUAAUAAUGAUAUUGAUUUUGAAAUUCAUCCGAAUAUGUCAGCACGUUGGGUUCUGCUAGGAUUGAAUAAUCCUACACACGCGUCUAUUGUUCAUGACACUUUAGAAGGUGGUAAUAGUAAUAAUAAUAAUGGACAACAACAGACUACUGGUUGUUAUGGAUCAAUUAAAUUAAUUACACCAACUGAAGCACUACUUCAUUUGCAAGAAAUUCAGUCACUAGCUUCUCGUUUGAAAGGUUUAAAUGCUGAUGGAUCUCAGUCAACUUCAUCGGCUACUAUUCAUUCCAUUUCACAAUUGUCAUCAUCCAAUAUGAUGAGAUGUGAUUUUAACACUAACCAUAAUAAUAAUAAUAUACCAAGUAGUGAAUCAAAUCAUUUAUUAAUUGGAAUAAAUGCCACAACUAUUAAUAAUUCUUCUGUCAGUUCUUCUCUUCCUCUUACUACUACUGCUACUACUCCUGCUAAUACUGUUGUUACAACUGUCAAUAAUCAUAGUUCCGAUGGUUAAAUAUUGAUAUUAACAAUCCAGAUUGUAAUGCUUUUUUUGUGAUCAAGAUAUUAGCCCUAGGACCGGUCCCUAUUCUCUCACUGCCGAUUAAUCCACUGACAAAUAUUCGCAUAUAUCAUUCACUUUACAUGUUUCUGUAUGUAUGUAUGUAUGUAUGUGUGUGUGUCUCUAUACCCUUUCUGUGUUAAUGGGUGUUCAAUUUGUUACGUAUUAUUAUAAUAAUUAGCAUUAUUAUUUAUGAUAUUAUUCAUAGAAAAAAAAUGACAAAAGCAUUUGGUAUUGCUUGUGACUUCUUUGUUUUUUUUUGGUUGUUUUUAUUUUAUUUUAUUUUUUGUUACAUCAUGAUCAUCAUCAAUAUUUAUUAAUAACACAAUAAUGUUUUACAUUUAUGUAUAUCAGUUAUUAUUCAGUUAGUGCCUCAUAGAACAAAAAGCAAAAAGAAGAAAGAACACUUGAUGAAAUAAAUUUCCACCUGAUCUAUUUAUAUACAUAUAUUGUCUAUCUAUCUAUCUAUCUCUUACACUCUUAACUCAUUCAGUGAUAACAAUGCAUUGUAUCAAUGAAAUAUAGAUAAUAAACAUAGUUAUUUGUAAUAAUGCGCCCAACUUCCCUACCACCACCACCGCUACCCCCCACCUAAAUUCCACUCUUCCACCGCCAUCUUAUACCUGUUCAUGAACAACAACAACAAACCAAUAUUUUCCUUGUCAUUUUGUUUGUUCUUUUAAGUUGAUCUUUUGACUCUUCUGUGUACUUUUUCUCUCUCUCUCUCUCUAACGCAUAUCCUAUAAUGAUCGUUUACACAUAAAUUACGGUAAAUUUUUUUUGUUUUAUUCGUGUGAUUGUUUUCCCUUUCUCAAUUUAGUUUUAUUAUUUUUUUUGUUUGUUUUGUUUUGUUUACUUAUCAAUUUGUUAUUCUAUUUUUAAUCACAUGAAUUGAUGUUGUGUGUGUGUGUGUGUUUGUUAGUUGUGUAUUUUGUCUUCUUUGUUCAGAUAAUGUUGGUAAUAAUAAUAAUAAUAAUGUGAUUGUAGUCCGAUCUUAUCUCUCCCUCCCUCUCUCUCUCUCUCUCUCGUUCCCCUUCGUAUAUUAUCAUUUUGUUUGUGAACAAGACGUACCCAUCUAUUAUAAGGUAGCUAAUAAUAAUAAUAAUAAUGUUUGGGUAUGGUAUUAGAAAAAAAUAUGCACAAUAAUCAUGAUUUUGUCUACCAACAUUAUGCAACAAUUUAUGAGGUUAUAUUAUAAUUUUUUGACUACUUAUUUCAUUGAAUAUUCAAUAAUGAUGAAAGGUUGAAUAUUCUAUGAUGUUUAUGUUUUACAUUAAAAUUUUAUAUUAUAUAACCAGUUUGUUUGUUUCAUUCUCUUGUCCGGUUCUUCAUUAGUUAAUUGCCCUAUUUGGUCUAGAAACUUUGUACUUUUUCAUGAUUUCUAUGACCUCGUUAAUUGAAUCUUUUGUAAGAUUGUGUUUCUAUGACUAUGUGUUAUAGAGGUAUGUUUCAUCUGAUUGAUAUCUUGAUAUGGUUGCAAAUUUUCGUUCCUCACCCCCAACUUUUUUUGUCACUUGAAGAAAGAAAAAAAGGCAUUUCUUAUAUUCUCACUUUUGUUUAUACAUUAAUCCAUACAUACACAAACACACACUCACAUACUAGCUGGUACACAAAAUCGUGUAUACGAUUUCCUAUCUUCUCCUCUUAAAUAAAUCUGUGGUAAUCUAUCAGUCAGUUUAUAUUUGUUAUUAAAAUGUUUUGUUAAUGGCCGCCUUUUUCGAUUGUAUUAUUGUUCAUCAUACAAUACUGUUGAUGUUAUCCAUGAUAUAUUGGUCAGGAUCUAUUUACAAAUCAUUGAUAUCACUCAAUAUUGUUACAUCGAUACUCUUACAUUUACAUAUGUGUGUGUAUAUAUACAUUAGAUGUAUCCAAUAAAUUGUUUGUUUGUAUGUGUGAAUUAUCCCCAUUUCUGUAUUUUUAUAUGAGUAAUUAGAGGGGGUAAAAAGUAAUUGUGCCUUUGUUUUUUCAUAUUUUAAUCUAAUACAACAUGACAUUAGUGUCUUUUACUUGUACUACUUAUAAUAGUUUACUACUUAUAUGAAUAUUCAUUACUUAAAAUAAUCUUAAAUCCAUCAUAUACAAUGUAUCAUUUUCAGCUAAUGAGGAGGGGGUUGUUUGUUUAAUAUUGAGAAAUAAACAUUUGGUUUCCAUACCUAUAGAUAGAUAGAUGUGUAUGUACUACUACAUGUAAAACACUUUUUUUUCUAAGAAAACCAAACAACAGUCUAUUAUGCGUAAUUUACAGAGAUGGGUCAUUGAUAAUGAUUGAUUCUGUUUAGGCAUUUGUUAAAUUUACCCAAUAUCUUUCUUCUUUUUUAAAAAAUCGUUUGCCUUCUUAGAUUGACUGUGUGUGUGUGUGUUUACAUUCACCGCCGGAUAUAAAUUAAAAUGAUGUAACAGUUUAUCUGUUGUUGUUGUUGUGUUUUUUUCUAGAGAAUUUUCUUUUUCUUGAAAUAAUAAUAAGUCCUCAUCUAAAUUGUUGCUGUGUUUUUCUUCCUCUCUCGUUAUUUUAUUGUACCGUAGUGAUAUAUGUAUGUAAUUUCUAUUUACAUACAUAUUUAUGGUGUACUAUAAUUAAAUCUGUAUGUUUAUUCAUCUUGCAUUUCUAAUUAUGACAUGCUUUUUCACGUUUUUCCUCCUCCUACACUUACUCCUCCUCUUCUGAGUUCCUUAAACCCUCCCUCAAUGUACGACGAUGUGUGUGUGUGUGUGUACGCGUUUGUAUUUUCAUUUUAUUCACUAACAUUAUUCAUUGAAAAAAAAUAUUACUAAUACUCUAUACAUAAAUAUUCAUAUACAAAUGCAUAGAUUCUAUUUGUUACCCUUU